AUGGCGGAACGAGGAGAGAAGGAGAAGGAGAAGGCACCCGUGUCGCCCAUCACGCUGGAAGACUUUGCGACUGUUCUAAUGGUCUUUCUGAAUGCCCAUCUCGCUAGCCGAUGGGGUAACGAGGUGGUAGUCUAUGGUGCUCUUCCCGGCUCAGCGAUAGACAUCAAUCGGCGCCGUCCGCCUGAGGUCGCCGCGACGUCGCUCGUGGCCCACGACAACGAUCCGAGCAAGAACAGCAACCCGGAAGCUGAGGAAUCACGGAUAUUGAUCCUCAACGCGACUCCUGGUGGGGCUGAGGAUGCGGAGGCCACUGACUCGAAAACUGCCAAGGCUUCCGGAGGAGGAGGCGGGCAGCGAGGAUACGUUGGUCUCAUGAACUGCGUCUUUGCUGCUCAGAAAGCUGUGAGCUUGACGGCGGUUGAAGAUGAGCUGACCUGUCAGAAAGUCGCGAUCGAUGUUUUGACGCUACCGCCGGAAAGCACCAUGACGGCGCCGCCGAUCUUCUUGCAGCAGGCUGCGUACCUGACGGAGGGGAUAUACUGGCGAUGGAACGGUCGAGGCGGAUUGCUGCAGUACUUACAUGUAAGCCUCCUCGUUCCUUCCGUGUCAGCUGACCCACAGAGCAUGUACCUUCCCCCGCCGUCCCUCCGCAACAAGCCGUUCACUGUUCCACCUCAAGACGCGGUUGACUUUAGAGCUGUGUGCUUCUGUCAUCAUGACGUGGUCGACGUCGGCUUUGUCUGCAUCUUCUGCGAGGUCAAGCCAAUCUGUUCGAUGUGCAAGACAAAGUUCCCGUUGACGUCUUUGGCGCGACUGAAGCAGCUGGCUGCCCACCUCCAGCCUAUUCCGAUCCCGGCAACGGUGCCGCCGCCGAAACAGAAGAAGGGACCGAACAGCGGCGUCGCCCAGUCACCUGUCACGAACAAGGCGCCGCCCACGCUGCCGGAUGCGGAUGUUAUCGUGGUCGAUUAG